CAGCGACAGGUACCUCACAUGCGACAGUUAUCUUUCAUCCUUGGAGCGGAACGACAGACGCUUCUUCCACUCAACCGAAACUUUAAUUCUGAGGAUAUUAUUGAUGUUCCACGGUGAAAACUAUUCUUCUACAUACACGGGCAUCUUACUUUCAUUUUAAAGCUUUUGGCAGUGUGAGGAAGAGGGGUAACUGAAUCAGGCUGAAGGAUGAAGUCUAAAGGGAAGGCCGCUAAGUCAUCCAGAAAACCCUGGACCGAGCCAGACCCAGACCCCGAACCAGAGACCAGUGACACCAGUGAACCAGGCUCCAGCGAACAGGAGGGCUCUGAGGCUUCGGUCCGUAUCGGAGGAUCCUGGAGGGGGGUCCUGAGGGGCGGGGACCGCGAGCAAGGCGGAGGAGGAGGGGGCGCCACCCACGGCCCCCACAGACGCCGACGGUCUCACAACAGCAACAAAGAACGCAACGUCCGACGGCUGGAGAGCAACGAGCGGGAGCGCCAGCGCAUGCACAAACUUAACAACGCCUUCCAAGCUCUCAGAGAGGCCAUCCCGCAUGUCAAAAUGGACAAGAAGCUCUCCAAGAUCGAGACACUGACGCUGGCCGAGAACUACAUCAAGUCCCUGACCACCAUCAUCCUGGGGAUGUCCAGUGCCCGCCUGCCCCCCGGGGAGACACCGACAGAGGCUAGCGCCGCCAGACUGCUCCAGUGUUACCAGCAGCACCUGGAGGAGGAUGGGGAGGAGAGCCUGUCUCAGUUCCUCACCCAGAUUCACAGCUUUAGCCAGGAAAGCUAACAGCUAGCAGGUGCUAACUCCACAGCCGAAUAGUUGGAGCAUCCAGGCUUGACUUGGGGAGCGAAUCUCAACUGACACCCCUAUCUCCCACAUUGUGCACUGCUACUGUACUUAUGACCAAAAGUAGUACACUGUAUGGGGAAAGGGUGUCAUCUGAGAUGCAGCCUUAUACUCCGCCAAGAUAGUGAACUAAAGUGACAUACCUGACAUCACCAUGCACUAAAUGGAGCAUACAAUAACUUGACUCAGUAACUCUAUGAGACAGUGGUGGGAGGGGAUUCUUAGCACUGUACCCUUGACAUGAAUUCUCAGAGAACAUAAUGGUGGAGUAUACAGUGAGGGGAAAAAGUAUUUGAUCCCCUGCUGAUUUUGUACGUUUGCCCACUGACAAAGAAAUGAUC